UACUAGCCUUUACAAAUGGAGGCUUUUGUCUGCAAUUAUUUCUCCAUAAUUUCUGUCAUUUCAGAAAUAGACUGUACCACUGCAACCUGGCAUGUUAGUAACUCAUCCAUCCAAGGAAAGGUUGAAGGCCUGUUCUCGAAGGCAACAGCUACUAAUGUCUUGAGUAAUGUCAAUAACACAGCUCUACCUGGUGGUAGCAAUGUGUUAUUUAAAGACCUUGACCAUGGAGCAACCUAUUUGGUGUCUCUCGUGUAUGAACGAGAUUCCUUUGACUUUUCACAGUGUGACCACAGUUUGACAAUCGCUCCUGCAGAUGUAAAAGCUCGAUGUGAGAACGUUGCAGCUGGCUACUCUAUCCUCAUUGUCUUUGAUAAACCGAAGGGUUUGUGGACUGAAGUGGAGGUGAAUGUGACUGGGAAGACAAAAAAGUAUGAUAAUGAGACACAGAAGAUCACAAUACCUGGAUUCCUACCUGCAAAAUCAUAUGAGGUGUCUAUAGCUCUACUGUCUGAGAAUGUGAUGAGUUGUACACCGUAUGUUUUCCAAUGCCAGACUGAUCCAAGUGGAGUCAUUGCAGGGUCAGUGAUUGCUGUCCUGCUUUUUGGUGUUCUGGUCUUUCUAAUGGUCUUCAUUUUGCUUAAAAGACCAGAUAUUAUCAGCGGAAAAAAACAAUUCAUUGAGGGUUCUCGACAAUCUAAAAAAAGCAAAGCUAUUUCUGUCACAAAGUUUCCAGACCACUUCUACUACUUAAGUGCAGAUGAGAACAGAGGUUUCAGUGAGGAAUAUGAGAAACUUCUUCCUGUUGGCACGGACCAGAUACGAAAGGUAGCGCUCCUGCCCGAGAACAAGGCCAGAAACCGUUUCAGCAACGUUCUGCCAUAUGACUGGUGUCGAGUGAAGCUAAGUACAUCGAAUCCCACUGGGGCCUCUGACUACAUCAAUGCCAGUUACAUGCCAGGCUACAAGAACAACCGAGAGUACAUUGCGACUCAGGGUCCUCUUCCUGCUACAGUCAAUGAUUUCUGGAGGAUGAUCUGGGAACAAAGAGUGAAAGGCAUCGUCAUGGUAACCAACUGCACCGAGGGAGGACGGACUAAGUGUGAACAAUACUGGCCCUCGGACAGAGAGACUUGCCUUUAUGGAGAGAUGCAGGUCACCAACAGAUCUGAGCAGCAAGAGUUCAACUGGACUUUGAGGGAAUUUACACUGAAAUAUAAGAACACCUCAGAAGAGCGCACUGUGAAACAUUUCCACUUUACCGCCUGGCCUGACCACGGAGUCCCACAGGGCACUGAAAUCCUGAUCCAGUUCAGAGAACUGUUCAGACAGCACAUAAAGACAGAGGGAACUGGGGAACCCACUGUGGUUCACUGCAGUGCUGGAGUGGGGAGGACAGGCACUAUUAUUGCCUUGGAUGUGCUGCUUCAGCAGCUGGAGCGAGAGAAAGCAGUGGGCAUCAAUGCCUUUGUGCACAAGAUGAGACUGAAUCGACCACACAUGGUGCAGACAGAGUCCCAGUACGUCUUCCUGCACCAAUGCAUCAUGGACCGUCUGCAGCCACAUGAGAAGCCUGAAGAAAACUUAUAUGAGAAUGUGGACAUGAUAUAUGUCAACGCCACUGCACUCCGAGAGUUUCGUUAAACAGCUGAAAAUCCCUGAACUAAAAGAGAUUAGCUCUUCACUGAAACGUUUAUGCACUUAAUGAAAAACUAAUUCUGAAGCCUUCAUGCUGUUUUGUAUUUUAAAAUAUCUGUACUGUAAAAGAAAGAUUUAAGACAUAUAUAUAUGGUUGAUAUAUAGAAAGUUUAUAUUUUAUUUAACUUAAUUUUUUUCUCUCAUCUGCUAAAAGUGUAUUAUUAAUAUUAUUAUUAUCAUCAUCCUGUAAUGGAAUAACACUCCAAAUGACCAAAGAAUGUUUUCAAAUGACUUUAUUAAAAUAAGAAAUGUAGGUAGAAAAUG